AUGUCAGACGAUGCACCACCGACGACGAAACCGCAGCAAUAUUUGGACCCCAACGUGAUACCAGAAGAUUCUCCCAGUUUGCGUUACUACGCAUCUCCCAGACCUUCAGUCGCCUCUUCGUCGCUUCACGCUCACAGUGAAUCAGAGAAAUCAUCCGGUCCUUGCAGCACCCUUGAAGACGGCGCCCCACCGAGCACAACCCAGAGCCACAGCGACCGCUCCCGUACACUGGAGGUCGCCACAUCCACCGCCGCGCCCAGCACAGACCCACUGCCGCAUCUGCCCCCCGACGUCUGCAAGCCCCGCCGCCCCGGUGGGCUGCCGAUGAAAUGCGGCAAUCUGACCGCCCCCGAUUGGCACGGAGACCUCGGUGCGCCGUUCGAGGACGACAGAACGCGGAGGCGCGAUGUCGUCCUGCGCCGCCUCGGGCCAGCGUUUCCGACCGAGCUCCAGCGCUACGAUCGGAGCACGAGGGCAAAGACCGCGCAGCCGGUUGCGCGGUAUAUACAGCCAAACGAGAGGACUUUCGAUGACGACGAAGACCCGAACUAUCGAGCGUGCUGUGCUGCGGGAUGGGUUCCCAGAGUGCACCCCGAGGGCGCACGAUACUUCUUUCACAGACAACUGAGAGCAUGGGCUGACGGCCUCGAACAACACCCCGCCUUUCUGAGGGCUGCGGACCUGGCCAUAUCUCAGCUAAAGCAAAAGAUCGACGAACAACAUAUCGAGCUUCCCGCAGACGUUGAGCUCGUCCUAGAGCUCGACAAAGAGCAACACGACCACGACCACCAUCACCAUCACCAUCACCAUCAACCGACCCCAACCGACCCCAACUCCGUCAAGAGGUCCGAGUUUAAAUGCGGCUACUACUUCGUGGAUCACACAGCCCGCUGCCUGUUCUGGCUCGAUCCGGUCGACAUCUCGCCCUUGUGCGAGAAUGUCACAGAUAUCACUCGAAAGAGCCACAUUGCCCUGGCCUUGGAGUCACAGUACUGGCAGCACUGCGAGUAUUUCCCGGCACAUAGGCCAAUUGUCCCGUCUGUUACAUAUGAGCUGAAGGGUAUGAUUAACCAUGCUAUCUCCGAGAUGGUGACUUCGGAGACGUCAUUGUCGCCGUUCUCUAAUGAAGAGCUCAUUCAAACGAGAGAUAUUGUUAUAGCCUCAGAAGAGGUGCCCCCAGAAGGACUGGACUGCUCUGCCUCCAUCUGCAUCAUCGCACGUUUCAUGCGAUUAUUCACACGGAACCGCUUCUUCAACUUCUAUGGCCAACCCGGCGCCCGGCUCGACUCUGACCAAGCCGUGUACAGAGACAAAAAGACGAUCCGAAACAAGUCGAUGCUGAUACGCGUCUUCACCCCGCUCCUGUUCAACGCGCCGUCUAUGCACUGGGAGCAGCUGCGCAAGAUAUGGGUCGACUCGGUCGUGUCCUACGUUCCGUGGAUGAAGUUCAUCAACGAUCUCAACCAAGAAUGGAAGAGCUAUACACUCUACUCAACGGUGCUUCUGACAGCCAACAUCUCGUUCCUGGCGCUCUUCAACGUGAUGCCUCAAACAGAGCUCCAGCUUAACAUCACGAGCGGCGCCUACGCUAACGAUCAACUACAGACACCGCCACCUACACACCCUCAAACCGUGUCCGAGAUACUAAGCUACGCGUCGACGAUCGCGAGCACGGGCUCGAUCGUCCUCGGCCUCGUGCUCGUCAGGCAGAACCGCACCAAGUCCCGCCAGUCCGUCGACAAUGUCAUAGCCUAUCUCGGCAAGAUUUCAGAAAACCCCCUCGGCAUCGAGAUGCUCGCUAUCGUUUACAGCCUGCCCUACAGCCUGCUCAUGUGGGGGCUCAUCAUCUUCGCCGCCGCAUUCGGCGCACUCGCAUACCAAGAGACUGGUCCAGCGACGCGCUGGACCGUCGGCGUAUGCGGCACGAUCACGCUCACACUGGUCCUGUGGCCGGUCUUCCUCGGCAGAGACCUAUCGCUCCCGUUUCCGAGACGCCAUCGCAAAGCACCACGCACCGAACCCGGCUCGGAAGCCCCCCAGCGCAGCCCACUCGUAUCCAGCCCUGGCUGUGCUAAGGCGGAAGUCGGGCUGGGGCAGCCUGUCGUUGCGCCUGCAGAGACUUUCUCGAGCGGCAAGGCGUUGUUCUCGAAACGGCCGUAUCGGCGCAGUUCCACGCAGCGUACGUUGGCGUAG